AGACAACCUACCAGUUGUUGCAGUACCUGUUUUUGUUUUUUAAGAGAGAGAAACUUUUUUUAACUUUUAUACUUCUUCUUAUUUUCAUUUCUAGAGAGAGAAACUACUUCAACUCAACUCUCAACUCUCAACUCAACUCUCAACAACAACAACUAACUAGUGAGAGAAACUAUGGGAUCUCAAUCUUUCAUUUGAUUUCAUUCUCUCUUCUUCAAUCUUCAAUCUCUUCAGUUUUAAUCUGGUUUCUUUGAGUACUGCAAUCGGCGAAGGGAACUAGUUUGUUUGGGCUGAUUUGCAAAGACGUGAUGGGUUCGAGAUUCCCAUCUCAUCAGCUCAGCAAUGGUCUGUAUGUAUCAGGCCGUCCUGAACAGCCGAAAGAAAAGGCUCCAACGAUGAGCUCAGUUGCCAUGCCUUAUACGGGCGGAGACAUCAAGAGGUCGGGAGAGUUAGGGAAAAUGUUUGAUAUACCUAUGGAUGGCUCUAAAUCUAGAAAAUCAGGUCCAUUAAAUAAUGCUCCUAUAAGGACCGGAUCAUUUGGAGGCGCUGUUUCGCACUCCGGACCAAUUAUGCAAAACGCGGCUGCCCGUUCUGCUUAUGUCACAUCAGGUAAUCUAUCUGCUGCAGGCAUGUCCACUUCAGCUUCGAUGAAAAGGACGAACUCUGGUCCGUUGAAUAAACACGGGGAACCGGUCAAGAAGUCGUCUGGUCCUCAAUCAGGUGGUGGUACACGCCAAAACUCGGGUCCAAUACCUCCUGUUCUUCCAACAACCGGUCUGAUUACAUCUGGCCCGCUAAACUCGUCAGGGGCUCCAAGGAAGGUGUCUGGUCCAUUAGAGUCUUUAGGGUCGAUGAAAGCGCAUAGUGCUGCUGUAGUUCAUAAUCCAGCUGUGACUACUCUCAGUGUGGAUGAUGAGUAUUCCUUCAAAAAGAACUUCCCUAAGCCGAUAUUGUGGUCUGUGAUUCUGAUUUUUGUUAUGGGAUUCAUUGCUGGUGGCUUUAUUCUCGGAGCUGUCCACAAUGCUAUAUUGCUUAUUGUUGUAGUAAUUCUUUUUGGUGCGGUUGCGGCAUUGUUCACUUGGAAUAGUUGCCGGGGAAGAAAAGCUAUUGUUGGUUUCAUUUCUCAGUAUCCAGACGCAGAGCUAAGAACUGCCAAGAAUGGACAGUUUGUGAAGGUUUCUGGGGUGGUUACUUGCGGGAAUGUUCCAUUAGAGUCCUCCUUUCAAAAAGUUCCAAGAUGUGUAUAUACAUCCACUAGCUUGUAUGAAUAUAGAGGAUGGGAUUCCAAAGCAGCUAACGCAAAACACCGCCGUUUUACCUGGGGACUUCGUUCGACAGAGAGGCAUGUGGUGGAUUUUUACAUCUCUGAUUUCCAAUCGGGAUUGAGAGCAUUGGUUAAAACAGGCUUCGGUGCAAGGGUGACUCCUUAUGUUGACGAUUCGGUUGUAAUUGAUGUAAAUCCAGAGAAUAAAGACAUGUCCCCCGAUUUCCUUCGAUGGUUGGGGAAGAGAAACCUUUCAAGCGACGACCGUGUUAUGCAAUUAAAAGAAGGGUACAUAAAAGAAGGUAGCACGGUUAGCGUAAUGGGAGUUGUUCAUAGAAACGACAACGUGCUAAUGAUUGUGCCUCCGCCGGAGCCUCUAACAACGGGGUGCCAAUGGGCGAAAUGUAUAUUUCCAGCGAGUCUGGAAGGAAUUGUUUUGAGAUGCGAAGAUACGUCGAAGAUCGAUGUGAUUCCAGUGUAGUUAUGGGGUGGUGGUUUGUGUUUUGUGAAGCAUAUAUAUGUGUUGUUGAUCUUGCUUGCUACAAUGAAUUUCCUUUUACUCCUCCUUAGUUUUGUUGUAUAGCUAAUGACCAUUCUUAUUCGUUUAUUUUUCUCUUUAAGAAUUUCAAACUUUUUGAAUGGAUGGAUAUGAUGAUCAAGAUUUCUUAUAGUCACAAAGUAAGUAAUGUAUAUUCAUUUCAACUUUA